CCCGUCAGCGUUUGAAAGCACUGCAAGCGAAAGGUCUCCGUCUCCAAGACUUCAAUACCAGAACUACCAGCAACCGGGCUGAUUUGGCUAGAAAUGGCAUGAACGCCAUGGAAUGUACCCGCUAGGAUGAGGUAGUCAUUUGCAGAGAGCUUCGUGAGGCCUGCUGCGUAGUCUGCUUGGAAGAUGAGACCGCCUGCUUUGUUGAUGAUGUAGAGGGAGUGGAUCAUUCUAGAGCAGGCCUUUUACAUGCAGCAACAGAACACGAUCUAGCUAGAUGAACUGUGAUCUAAGUCUGAGCUUGAUCCUUUUAGCAUGAGAGCACAGGAUGGGAGUGCUUGGUCGCUGUCUGAUCGCGCUUUCGUUUCGAUUACGCGCGCGACCCCAGCAGCAGCCCAUCACCAAGCACCAUCAUCCAUCGCAUUCACCAGUCGGCACCCAGCGCACUCCAUUAGACGCCUGCGCGUCCUCAUCUGGCAAAAGGCCGUCUUCUCUAUCCCCCUCCAGGCGCGCGCGAGCAGUGGCAACGGCAUAAGAUCCCGCAUGUCCACCUCCGCAGACGACACACUACGCACGCCCAUGCCGCGUCGAUCCAUAACGGCCGCUUCAGCAGACUGCUACUUCACCUCUGCACAACAAGCGUCAUCAGAAGAUGAAGAUGCGCCAUUGGAGGAAUCACAAGUCCACGUUUCAGAGACGCAACUGGCACACACACACGAAGCAGCAUCGAUACAAUCACAGAUACCUAGUACCCUUGCGCAACGUCUUGUACAACGCUCAGAAACACCCGCUCAGUCACUUAUUAGUUCAUGGGCUUCUCCAGCUUCUUCCAACGCCGCUGCAGUACCCGCGGAAGAGGCGCAACGGCCAAGUUCAGCAUCAUCGGCAAGUUGCGUCUCUAUGCCUAUUUCUGCGCCAAGUGGUAUCCCUGCGCCUUCAACGACUUGUGAGGAAUUACCGAUUGGUGCUACAAUAGGACCAAAUCUAGUCAUGCCGCAAAUGCAAGCUUCUACAGCCAGUAUUCCUGUAAAACCAUUGACAGAACACGGUCGGCGUGUGGGGAAACUACGGAUUCUUAUUGCUGGUGCGCAUGGAAGUGGUAAGACAACGUUACUCAAGACAAUCCUGGCACAGUGUCCAGAUAUUGUCUUGUCGGAGGGUACUGAGGGGAUCGAGGCUGGUCGGCCGACUGUCAGGUUACAGGAGGUUCGCGCAUCCACACAACCUUACCCAGCAUGGAAAGUACUGCAUCAAUCGAUGCAAACUGCGCGCUCGGAGCGAGGUGAAGUACUUGAACGAAAUCUGUUGCUUGUUGAUUCUCCAGGACACAGUCAUACUGCUGCGGAAGUAGAAACAGAAGAAGUCAUGGAGGCGGUAUUGGGAUACCUGGAUGAUCAAUUCAAGCAAACGAAUCGAGUCCUGCGAGAUACCGUUCAUCUGAGUGAUGAAGACCUCGCCAAUCUGAUUGCAGCGCCACAGGGCGGAUUGACACAGGUGGAUGUGAUUGUGUAUUGUAUCGCUGGACGAUUAACACAGACAGACACAGAUCUUGCGAGACGCUUCGCUGCCUAUGCGACAGUCUUGCCUGUUUUAACGAAAGCCGAUGGAUUGGAUGACGCACAACUACAAACGCUCAUGCAGGACGUACGCGCGCAUUCAUCGCUCUUUUACGGAACUGAGCAUCUCCUCAAAGUCUGCUGUCGCGACCCAGAAAUGGAUGCGUCUGUGUUGAUGCAGUCGGACUAUCGCCCUAUUUUACCAAGCAGUGACUUGCCUUUGCUGUUUCGAACGUUGCUACAUGGUGAGAAUCCGGCACGCUUCAGACAUAGUGCAGCACGCAAAUUUAUUGCUUGGAAACAACGACAAGACAUCUAUGCCUGUUCUGUACCAUGCCGUACUCAAGAAGGGGACGACGAUGGAGUUGCUUCAGGUGUUGUUGUGGAUUCAUUGAGUGCAUGGGGACCGUUGGUGCCGAGUGCGGCAUUUACCGUUUCUCGCAUUGCUGAGCAUACGAGACGCGAAGCAAGUGCUGGUACUGAACUACGGAUUGCUGCAUGGGCCUCUGAGAUGACUCAAUCCCUUGCUGCACAGCGCGUCUCUUCCAGUGCGGUGGAGACGGGACUGCUCCUUGGUGAUGGGCAGCAUGCUCGUUGUCAGGCAGAAGCAGCAUGGGUGCUUGCUAGACGACAAUACCUGGAAGAAACACAACUGCGACCUCGCCACAGUGGCUGUCCUGGAUCUCGGUAUGUCAUGACCUUGCCGAAUCACUUUUCCAGUGCAACGACACGGGAUCCCUUGGGGCUGAUUGAGAUGCAGGAGAAGCUGUCACGGUGUGCGAAGACUGUGGGUGGGUGGUUGGUGGAUCUGGGGGUUGUGUCUGGGGUUGGGUUUUUGUGCUGGACGUGGUUUCAGAGUAUGGUGUCUGCGUGAUAGCUCUACUAUACCAUCAUACCUAUCCUACUAAUCUAUAUACUAUAC